AUGACGCGUCAGGGACGGGAUGCCAUCCAUAGGGACCUGGGCAAGCUUGAGAAGUUGGUCCAUGUAAACCUUAUGAGGUUCAACAAGGCCAAGUGCAAGGUCCUGCACCUGGGUCAGGGAAACCCCCACUAUCAAUAUAGGCUGGGGGAUGAAGGGAUUGAGAGCAGCCCUGCCGAGAAGGUUGCUGUAGAUGGCCGCUGGGGUUGCUGGUCUAAAUGGAGUUUAUGCGAUGCUUCCUUCAAAACAAGAAGGACCCGGGAGUGUAAUAACCCCUCCCCGAUGAACGGUGGAAAGCCCUGUGAAGGUGAAUGGGAAGAAGAGGAGGACUGUUAUGUCUCUGUGUUCACGGACAGGGGUGCUCCUUGCAUAAAUGAUGAUGAAGCCAGGAGAGAAGAGGAAGUCUUGAUUGGUGAACCUAAGUCUGGAUGCUCCAGGCCAGACCCACCAGAAAAUGGCUUUAUCAGGAAUGAAAAGAACCAGUAUGCUGUGGGGGAAGAAGCCGAAAUUGCCUGUGUUAGUGGUCAUGUUCUCAGUGGCUAUCAAUUCCUUCGGUGUCUGCCAGAUCAAACCUGGACGCAGCAAUCUGUUGAAUGUCAACCCUCUGUAUGCCUCAGGCCACCAACAUCUGACAGUGUCACAAUUUCCCCAUUUAAGCAACAGUACAAGAUUGGUGAAACCAUGAAGCUGAGCUGCCAGGCUGGGUUUAUAGUCACUGGUCAGACACAGUACACCUGUGGGGAAGACCUGUCCUGGAUACCUCCUAUUUUGAGAUCUAUUACAUGUGAAAAAGAUGUGCAAACUAAGAUUAGAGGUGUUUGCAAUCCAGGACAAAAGCAGGUUGGAUCUCAGUGUGUUUGUAUGUCUCCAGAAGAAGAUUGUGGCCAGUACUCAGAAGACAUCUGUGUGCUACAUGCUGUUUCUGAACAGAAUGUGACCAAGCCCAGCUGUCAGUAUUCAGCUGAAAUGUGCCUUGGACAGCAGUCAUUUCAUUUCUUGCAUGCUGGCCCUUGCCAUGGCAAUUCCAACCUCAACUGGGCUAUUGAAAGGGCAAAACUCUCUACAAAUAGCUUGAAGAAAGUGCCCUGUGGCUACGACACCUGUUAUGACUGGGAGGAGUGUCCAGAGACACAGACCCAGUGCUCCUGCCUGAUGCCUUACCAGUGCCCCAAAGAAGAGAACCGCCUUCACUGCAUCCAAAUGGAGUCAACAGGGAGGAGAAGGACAGUCAGUCAUUGCACACUGGCAGCCAUGAAGUGUGGUGGCAUCAAACUGGAGGUGCUGGAGCAGGGGAGCUGCCUGGCGUAA